AUGGGGCUCUCGCCGUGGCAAAUUCUCGCCGCCGCCGAGGUGCGCUACUGCAUAGUCACACUCUUCCUGCUCUGGAUCCUGCUCUGCCUGCUCUUCAAGCGGCUCCCGAUCCUCGACAAGCCGCUGGGGUCCGCGCACCAGGUGGUGGUGCUGCUCCCGUUCUGCUACCUCGCUUUCCAGGGCUCCCGUCUCUGGCUUUUCGAUGACGGCUUCGCCGCAGCCUUUGCCGACGACCGUGUCUUUGGCUUUUACGCGCCUGCCCAGAGCUUGGUCCUCGUCUUCUUCGGCUUCCAAGUCUGGGACCUGACGGUCACGCUCGUCACGCCGGAGCUUUGCAAGCCUGACGCGAUCAUCCACCACUCGGUCUCGGGGGUCCUCGCCCUUAUCGGGCUGUCGGCUGGAACUUCGGGAUUCUUGCUCUACUACGGCGCCUUCUUCUUCGGCUUCUCGGAGGUGUCGUCCGUCCCGCUUGCCGCGGUCGACAUCUUUAGGAUGAACAAGCGCCUCGCAUCUGCGAUGCCUUCGGUCAAUGAGGCCUGUCGCGUGUCUUUUGCGGCUCUCUUCCUCGGCAUUCGCUGCGCCUACUGGCCGUUCGUCGCCUUUGACUUUUGGCGGCAGACGCUCGCGAGCGGAGCGCCCUUCUCUCUCCUCUCCGUUUGGUGGGCAGCUAAUAUCGGGCUCACGCUGCUCCAGUACUAUUGGGGAAUGCUUAUCGUCAAGGGCAUCAUAAAGAUGGUCACAGGGAAGAAGGACUCGGAGGGCGACGCAGGCAGCUCGGGUGACGGCCCCCUCCUCGAGGCCGGGUCGACCUUGCAGUGA